AUGGAGAAGAUGUUCCAAGCACUCCAGUUCCCCAAAGAAACGAAGGUCCGAUUAGCCAUUCCCCAGCUGAAGGGGAGCGCCGAGUUUUGGUGGACGACCAUGGAGCCCGCAUACCCCACUAGCAGGAUAACUUGGAGGGACUUCACGAGGCUGUUCUAUGCAGAGUAUUUCCCGGACUCGGUGAGCCAGAUGAAACAAGAUGAAUUUUUGACACUGACGCAGUCCGAGCAUAUGUCUGUCCUACAGUAUGCCAGCAAAUUCAACGAACUGGGCCGGUUCUGCCCCCAGUUCAUGGAAAAUGAAAGGAGUAAGGCAAGCCGGUUUGAGCGGGGGCUGAGGUACAGGAUCAGAUCUCGGAUAUCUUCUCACCUAUUCACCUGCUACAGAGACGUGCUGGACCGGGCCUUGAAGGUUGAGGCCGACUUGAUGAGGCCUGACUUAGAAAGAAGUGAUCUGAUGAAGGCCAGGCCAGCAGGAGGACAGAGCAGUAGGCCCAAGGGCAUCAAGGGGUCUAUGAUUAAGAAGAGACAGAACCGAGGUUGCCCUAGCUGCGGCAAGCAUCAUAGUGGGCCCUGUCUGAAGAAAAUUGGGGCCUGUUUUACAUGCGGGCAGCUCGGACAUAUGGCACGUGACUGCCCAACGAGGGCACCCAGACCUCCUGCAACCGAGGGCCAGAAGCCAAGGAACACCCCCCGAGUAUUCGCACUGACCCGCCAGGACGCCAGUGCGAGCGACCAAGUGGUGACAGUUAGUUUUUCCAAACAGUUACACUGCACAUCUGAGAAAAUAGAACCAUUGCAUGUUGCCACACCCCUUCAAGAGACAGUGAUAGUUGACACUAAAUACAAGAACUGCAUAAUUCAGUUGGGAGGAAAAGAAUUAGAAGCAAAUCUUCUACAGCUGGACAUGCAUGAUUUUGACAUCAUUUUGGGGAUGGACUGGAUGUCCCAGUAUCAUGCCCACUUGAUUGUUACCAUAAGAAAGUGGUAUUCUGGAUGCCAGGGGAACCAGAAUUCUUCUUUCAGAAUAACAAUACGCCCCCUCAAUGUAAGCCGACACUGCAUUUCAUUUCUUCCUUGCGAGCCAUUAGAGCACUCAGAAAGGGGUGCACGGCUUACCUGA